AUGAUCAUGUUUAGAACAGCAAGUCUUCUAUUUGCUGUUCACACAGUUUCUCUUCUUUUUCUUCCGCUUUCAAGUCGUUCGCAAACUUCCGGGGCCACUUCCGAAUGUACUCCUUCUUGUGGCAACAUUAAGAUAAGCUCUCCAUUUCGUUUACAAGGAGAUCCUGGACACUGCGGCGACAAGAGCUAUGAAUUAUCUUGUGAGGCAGACCGUACCAGUCAAUCUCAUCAUGCCGUAUUAUACUUGUUUUCAGGAAAAUAUUACGUACAGGCAAUCAAUUACAAUAACUACACGAUCCGACUCGUGGAUGCUGGUGUUCACAAGACCAAGGACAACUACUUCUCCAACCCAGUUUACCCUUUAGCCGUCUUCAACUUUAGUUCGUAUUUUACUCCUUACAGCUUACACUACUCACAUUUUAAUCCGCCAGAUAAGAGAUAUGAGCAGGAUGAGAAGUACCUAACAGUGCCUCUAAUUUUCCUGAGCUGCACAAAUCAAAAGAAUUAUUCCGAUCUCUUUGUUGAAACAGCUCCAUGCAUCAAGAAUACCGGCAUCCACUCUUCCUCUGAUUCUUCCCUGUCCACGGUGUAUUCUUAUUUCAUGCUUGGGCGCUUGUAUGAAGAUUUGAGUCCGGCUGAAUGGGGGUUGUCCUGCAAAAUAACACUCAUGGCUCUAGUGUCCCCCCCUCCCACUCCCACUGACAAGUACAGAAGUCGUGUCAAGGCAUAUAUAAACAACUAG